AUGCAGUUUCCAUUCACUAUUCUGCUAUCGACCCUCUUACUGAGUGGGUCAUUGGCUGAGGCCAGCCCGUUCGACUUUAUAUUCGGCAAUGGGACGCAACAAGCUCAGAGCGAAGGUCAGAGUCAAGGUCAAGUCUCUCUCACCAGUGAAGUUUCUCAGGAUAGUUCCACCACCACCUUGGCAACAGCUUAUUCUCAGAGUGUUCAUUCGCACCACUCUGCCACGUUAGUGAGCGCCACCAUCUCUUCCCUCCCAUCCACUUGGUAUAGUGCGGACUUCACUUCCCAGACUUCUGCAUCGUAUGCUUACCAAGAAUCCGACUAUACCAGUAACCAAAACUCCUGGAGCCCAUCUUUUAACCAACAGCCCUCUACCAGUACUACAAGUUACUAUGCCGCAGUUUACAGUACAUCCACCGAUUUUGCUGCUUCUGACAUUAAUGUUGCUUCUGACGUUUCCACUGCUAGUGUUCCCACUGUUACGAGUGCUAAUUCUGUCUUUUUUACAACUAUGAGUAAACCAAAGGCUACAACGAGCACAUCUCUUACUUCGGGUACCCCAAGUAUUUCCACUAGUACGAUGUCUACAACCGGUAAUAACAUAUUCUUAUCGUCAGGAAACCUCAUUUCUGCCUCCAUAACAACUGCCAACGGUGCAGAAAGUUUUGACCAAACAUCGGCUGCUGAGUUAACAACUACCAUCGCUUCCGCUGCUAGUGCUAUUCCGGUACAAAGUUCAGCGGAUUUCGGCAGCUCUAGUGCUCCAACUACUGCUGAUGCAUCGCUAUCAGCUGCUCCACUACAAACAAGCGAGUCAGGAAGUUUUAUCACAGGCAAUCCAUCUGCAUCAACAGCUCCUCCACUAAGUUCCAUAGAAGUUGAUGGUUCAAGUGCUUCAUCUACAAUGAGUAUGGCCGCUGCAGGACAAAUAACUGGCUCGAGUAGUUUCGGCACGGAUAAUCCAACUUUGUCAGAAACGCUUCCAUUAACCUCCACAGAAGUUGAUAGUUCCGAUGCUUCAUCUACAGUGAGCGCAUUACAAUCGGCUCCUUUGCUACAAACAAGCACUUCGAGCGGUUUCAGCAUCGUCAGUCCAUCUGUAUCCUUUAUUCCGUCACAAAGUUCAUCAGACGUCAUCAGCCCCAGUGAUUCAAGUACAGUUAGUUCACCUUUUUCCGAUAUUCCCCUUCAAACUAGUACCUCAGGUAGCGUAGUUUCGGUGGGACCAUCCGCAUCUGCCUUUCCAUUUCAAAGUUCAGCAGAAGUACAUAGUACCAGUGCUUCGAGUACUAUGAGCUCAUUGUUAUCAGUUACUUCGCUGCAAUCUACUACUUUGGACAGUCCAAGUUUAGCUGGUUCCUCUGCGUCUGCUUUUUCAGCGCUAAGUUCUGAUCUUACAGAUUCUGGCGUUUCCACCACAGCAAGUACACCUUUAUUGUCUUCCUCACUACCAACAGGUACUUCGAGCAGUUUCAGCGUCGUUAGUCCAUCUGUAUCCUUUGUUCCAUCACAAAGUUCAUCAGGCGUUGCUAGCUCCGGCGCCUCAAAUGCCGUUAGUUCAUCCUUUUCCGAUACUUUACUGCAAGCAGCUAGCUCUAGCAUGAUCAAUCCGUCUUUAUCAACUACACUAUAUUCAAGUGGUACCAGAAGCUCUGAAGGACCUGCGAACCCCACGACUUCUGAACCACUGUCGGGUUCCUCAUCAACUUCUAUGGCAGAAGUUUUGCAAUCGCAACCUUCAUCCACUCCAAGUUUGCUUUCGGAAUCUCACACUACGGGCACUUCAGCUAUCCUAGCCAGUAGCUCAAUCGCUACCAUGUCAUCACCAUACACCACUGCAGGCGCUACAUCUACAGCCAUCUCUUCCGCCAUAUCAUCUCCAUCUGCGGAAACUUCCCUGGGAAGUUAUUCACAGAGCGCGACGGCAUUGCAAAUGUCCUCAUCCGCGUUGUCUUCAACGACAGAAGGAAGCACAACGUCCACUCAAGGACCUUCUAUAAGCUCUAUUUCAGUUCAAACACCUUCCUCGAUUUUUAGUGAUUUUCCGCCCUCCCAGACGACCACCCAACCGGACUCUACCAUCUCAUCAUCUCAAUCCACAUCGUCCAUUAAUAUGCUUUCUCAAGUUUCAGACAUACCAGUGCGUUCUACAAGUUCCGCAUCGUCCGUUUCUCAAGUUUCAGACAUACCAGUGCGUUCUACAAGCUCUGCAUCGUCCGUUUCUCAAGUUUCAGACAUACCAGUGCGUUCUACAAGCUCUGCAUCUUCCGUUUCUCAAACAUCUAGCUUACUACAGCCCGCUACUACAUCUGCCCAGCAUUUCUCCGUUUCUACGAAUGAUACACUUUCUGGAAGUACUUCUGUUGUGAGUCAACAAACUUCUGAGAUUACUAGCUCAGUUAAAUUGACAACUUCCGAGGACAAUAGUGCCCAGACAACCACGGCUACUCAAUCAACAUCACUAUCUCUUACCGACGCAAACAGUAGUUCUCCUUCCACCCCAUUGGAAGUGGUAACGUCUACACCAAUCUCAUCCUCCCUGGCAUCCUCCCUGUUGCCUACACCAUCAACAUCCUCUGUAAACGAGGCAGCCACAAAUACUAAUGUCCAGACGAGUUUGACAACGGAAUCGACGACCGUUUUACAACCAUCGACGACUAAUAGUACCAGUCCUUAUAGCCUAGUCACUUCAAGUGACAACAACUGGUGGAUUCCAACUGAGUUAAUCACCCAGGCACCAGAAGCCGCAUCCACUGCAUCUUCCACCGUUGGAGGGACACAAACUAUGACUUUGCCCCAUGCGAUUGCAGCUGCAACACAAAUUGCCGAACCUGAGGGAUACACCCUGAUCACAAUAGGGUUCAAAAAAGCUUUGAACUACGAAUUUGUUGUAUCAGAACCAAAAUCAUCAGCUCAAAUCUUUGGGUACUUACCUGAAGCUCUGAACACACCUUUUAAGAACGUAUUCACAAACAUCACGGUCCUACAAAUAGUACCAUUGCAGGAUGACUCACUCAACUACCUGGUAAGUGUUGCGGAAGUAUACUUUCCAACGGCAGAAAUAGAGGAGCUGUCGAAUCUAAUCACUAAUACUUCAAGCGCUUUUUACACGGAUGGAAUGGGUACGGCAAAAUCUAUGGCUUCAAUGGUUGAUUCCUCCAUACCACUGACGGGCCUUUUACGCGACAGUAACAGCAACUCUAGCGGAUCUUCUGAUGGAUCCUCCUCUAGCAGCUCGAACUCAGGUUCUUCAAAUUCGGGAUCCGAUUCCAACUCGGACGUGUCUUCGUCUUCUUCCGGAAAUUCCUAUCAAGAUGCCGGUACUUUGGAAUAUUCAUCCAAAUCUAACUCCAACGUAUCCAGUUCUAGCAAAUCAAAGAAAAAAAUUAUUGGUUUAGUUAUUGGUGUUGUUGUUGGGGGGUGUUUAUAUAUUUUAUUCAUGAUUUUUGCUUUCAAGUAUAUCAUAAGAAGACGCAUUCAAAGUCAAGAAAUCAUUAAGAAUCCAGAGAUUUCCAGCAUCAGUUCAAGUGAAUUUGGUGGAGAAAAAAAUUACAAUAACGAAAAGAGAAUGAGUGUUCAAGAAUCCAUAACACAAUCUAUGCGAAUCCAAAACUGGAUGGAUGAUAGUUACUAUGGUCACGGGUUGACAAAUAAUGACUCAACUCCAACCAGGCACAAUACAUCGACCUCUAUACCGAAAAUUUCGAGACCAAUUGCCAGUCAAAACUCCCUAGGUUGGAACGAAGUUUGA